UUGGAAAGGCGCGGUGUACAAGAUGAAGCAUAUCUGACGAUUGUUCCAACGGUGUGCAGCAAACGAGCUUGACGCAACUUACAGAGACAUAGAGCGAGAUAUUCUCCGCGUCGUUGGCCAUCAUGUUGUUGAUCUUGCCGGUAUCUGGAUUUCACGCAUGAGAUACAUUGAGGGUCUUUUCGUUUCAGGGCCUUGUCGUAGAUCGCGGCCAUGAGCUGCGAGCGGAUCCGAAGCACGGCCCGUCUGCAGAACCCUGCAGUGACUAUGGCUGGCUUGGGACUACAAACGUCGGCUCGAGACGUGAAAGCAGACAAGCGCGCUUACCUUGAGCAACGAGGCGAGGAACAUAGCUCCAGCAUAGACGUAUGCAGUGCCUCUGUCUUCUCUGCUCACAUCAGGUUGAUCCAGGAGAUCCAGGAGACGCCUGGCGGUGUGAGACUGAAGCUACAA